AUGGGCCACCACCUCCACCACCACGACGGUGGCGAUGGCGUCCCUCAACAUGUCAAUAGUCCACGAUUCUCCGGUCCCAUGACUCGCCGUGCUCAAUCUUUCAAACGCGGCGGCUCCGGAGGCAGCAGCAGCAACAACACUCACGUCGGAAUCAGCGGCGGCGAUAAUAACACCGGCUCGAGCACCACCACGAAUCACUCCACCUUGAGAGUUCACCACGAGAUCGAUCUACAGUUAAACUCACCUAGAUCAGAGAUCGCUUCUGGUUCGGGUUUAGAUCCGAGUUCUGCGUUUGAGUCUGCGAUCAAUAGAAAGCAUCAGACGUAUGGUCAGUUGAGGGAGAGAGUUGUGAAAGGUUUGCUGAGGAAACCGAUGGGAUCGGUGGUUUCGGAAUUUAGCUUGAGAGAGAAGAAGAAACUUGGGCAUUGGAUGUUCUUUGUCUUUUGUGGUGUGUGUUUAUUUAUGGGCGUUUUGAAGAUUUGUGCAACUGGUUGGUUUGGAUCUGCCAUUGAUAGUGCAGCUUCGGAUCAGGGUUUAUCCAACUCAAUCCCUCGAGUAAAUCUUCUAGAUCAUAGCUCCCAUGAUUAUAUCUAUAAAGAUGGAGGAAAUGAUGUUGAUCCAACUUUGGUUAUGGUUGCUUCAGGCGUGGUGGGUGACCAAAGCAGUGUGGUUGAACAUUCAGGUGUUUGGGCAAAACCUGAGAGUGGAAAUUUCUCGCAGUGCAUUGACAGUUUAAGGACUCGCAAAAAGUUAGCUGCUAAUACGAACGGCUACCUUCUCAUAAAUGCUAAUGGAGGACUGAACCAAAUGAGAUUUGGGAUAUGUGAUAUGGUUGCAGUGGCUAAAAUUAUGAAGGCAACUCUAGUUCUUCCUUCACUUGACCACAGCUCAUAUUGGGCAGAUGACAGUGGCUUUAAGGAUCUAUUUGAUUGGCAACACUUCAUUGAGGAAUUGAAAGAUGAUAUUCACAUAGUUGAGACGCUGCCAUCAGAAUUAGCCGGAAUCGAUCCCUUUGUUAAGACACCCAUAUCGUGGUCUAAGGUUGGUUACUACAAGAAAGAGGUCCUUCCGUUGUUGAAACAGCAUAUCGUAAUGUACUUAACUCACACUGAUUCCCGGCUCGCCAACAAUGACCUUCCUGAUUCUGUACAAAAACUUCGUUGCCGAGUAAAUUACAGGGCGCUGAAAUACUCAGCUCCAAUAGAGGAACUGGGAAACGUUCUAGUUUCUAGAAUGAGGCAGAACAAUGGCUGCAGUCAUAGUUUAACAGCUGAAGAAGACGAAGAAUUACGACAGAUGCGGUAUGAGGUUAGUCACUGGAAAGAAAAGGAAAUAAACGGAACAGAGAGAAGAUUGCAAGGUGGUUGUCCCUUGACUCCGAGGGAAACUUCGCUUUUGCUAAGGGCUUUGGAAUUUCCAUCUAGCUCGCGGAUUUAUCUCGUAGCUGGUGAAGCUUAUGGAAACGGAAGCAUGGAUCCUCUCAACACAGACUUCCCCAACAUUUUCUCACAUUCGACUCUAGCCACCGAAGAAGAGCUGCGUCCUUUUAAUAAUCACCAGAAUAUGUUGGCUGGUUUAGAUUACAUUGUUGCACUUCAGAGUGAAGUAUUUCUCUAUACUUAUGAUGGGAACAUGGCAAAAGCGGUUCAAGGUCACAGGCGAUUCGAGAACUUCAAAAAGACCAUAAAUCCAGACAAGAUGAACUUUGUGAAACUUGUUGAUGCAUUGGAUGAAGGGAGAAUUUCUUGGAAAAAGUUCAGUUCCAAAGUAAAAAAGCUACAUAAAGACAGAAAUGGAGCUCCGUAUAACAGAGAAUCCGGCGAGUUCCCGAAGCUGGAAGAGAGUUUCUACGCAAAUCCACUUCCCGGGUGUAUUUGCGAGACUACAGAAGAAGAGAGAAGGAUGCAACGGAAAUAA